AGAAUGUGAUUGGCUCAGUGGGGGCCUUAAAAGGAGCUGCAAUCAAAGGGAUUCUGUAGAAGAGGCUGCUCCUCUGAAACACUUCUCAUACCUGUUCCUCGCCAUCAAGCCACAGCCCUCUGAAACCUGAACAGCCAUGGUCUGCUCCAAGACAUCCCAAGAAGAUCAUGAGAAAAUGAGGAGUAAAAUGCUCAAAGCUGUAAACAAAUUCUGUGAUAAAGUCAACCCCAAAGAAGAGGACCAGGUUCACAUAUGCCUAGAAGAGCUGGAGAACAACUUCAAUGAGGCCGUGCUGGAUACCGUAUUUGCUCACUGUGAGAACAACGACCAGGAAUCUACUCCCUUACUUCCGGAGCAGCAGCAGGAACUGCGUAACAGAGUCCGAAGUAGAAUCAGCCCUGGACAGAAACCAGGCCCGGAGUGGGACUCUGAGCCAGAAGGAUCGCAGAACCAAAGUCCAGGGGCCCAGAAGCCUGGGGAGAGCUUUUGUGAAUGGAUACUGAGAUUGUUCCAAGAGAUGCUAAGUCAAUUGCAGAAGACGUGGCAGGACGUGCUGGCCUGGGUGCAGGAGAAGUGGGCCUCCCUUGUCAGCGUGGUGAAGUCCAUCUGGAGUGCGAUUAUGAAUUUCUGCUCCAGUGCAGCACAGUCCUUCUCAAGUUUAUUUCAGGUCUCAGGAGUCCCAUUGUGCUAGGGGCAGGGGCCUGACAAAGAAGAAUUACUGAGUAGGCUGAGGGGCAGGGACCAUGGGAGAGAAAAAUUGCUAAUUAUCUCGCUAGAAAAG